CAUGUCGUGACGUUCAAUGACUGGCUUAAAAAGCAAGACUCCUUGUGCUACUAUCAGCCGUUCCAGCUGCGUGGAUGUCUGACAGUCAUCAUUGUGGUCCCUCGAACUCGAGCUAGAUACUCGACGCCAGAUCACGAUCGCCUGCUUAUGUGCAACUUAUUUCUUAUCUAGAAAAGGGGAUAGAAGAGCGUUGAACGCUACAACCCCCGACACCAUUAAAGCCCGAAAAUGGAGACUCGACAAGCGGAAUGCUAUGCUGCAGUCACCGUAACACUGGUCGCGGCAACUAUCGCCUUGUGUCUGCGAUUAACCGCUCGGAGGUUGAAGAAAAUAUCACUCUGGUAUGAUGACUGGCUUAUCAUCGGCGCCUUUAUUGCGGCCGUAGCUUACGAUGCUGCCGAAUACAAAUGGCUGGAGCUUGGCCUCGGCCGCCACGUCUAUGACCUCCCCAUUGGCAUGACUGAAAUCAGAUACUACUGCUCACUGUUCCAGUGGAUCAUGGAACAUGCCUACACGGUCUCUAUUACAGGAUCCCAGCUCUCGCUCCUGGUUCUGUACUGGCGGGCAUUCGACUCGGUUCACAACGUGACGCUUAUAAUCAUCGCCUUGGCCAGCUGUUCAUCGAUUUGCCAGGUCUUCAUUGUCACGUUCCAGUGUUACCCGCCUCAGGCCAAAUGGGACAAGUCUAUCGAGGGAGACUGCCCAAUCGAUACGGGGAAAUUCUUCCUCGGGACCGUUACAACUCAUUUGAUUCUCGACGUCUGUCUGAUGAUCUUACCUGCCUCACUUAUUCGCACCCUCACUCUCCCAACCAUCCAAAAGAUCAGCAUCUCGGCUAUGUUCAUGUUUGGCGGCGUUGUCUGCAUCUGCAGCAUCAUGAUGAUUCUUGAAGGCGUCUGGUACGACUCGCACUCGAACGAUGUCAUGUGGCUCGAAACCGGCCCCGCAAACUGGUCGGCGGUCGAGAUCAACCUGAGCAUCAUCACCGCAUGCCUCCCGUUAUUGCGCCCCAUCUUCCACUUUGCUAGCUGCGGGUUCCGCAGCGUGCAUCCCAAGUCAAGAGAAGCCCAGCGAAACCAGGCCUACAAGAGCAACAGCAUCUCUGCAUUUCGCCAUUAUGCCAGGCCCGACUCUGUCCGCCAGCUUGGUGAUUUGGACGAGCUGGAAAGGGAUACUUUAAUCCACGGUCAAGGCACAGGUCCCGAGACCAAAAUUUCGAGUGAUAGCCGAUGCGAUCCGCGCCGCCAAAACGACCUGGUCGACAAGGUUGAAGGCAUUCGAGUAACAAGUGCGCUGGACUUUAUGGUCUCUCAGGCAGCUUGAAAGCACCUGUAGUUGAGUCGGGUUAGGAGUUGCAUGUUCACG